AUGGUGAGGCAGCUUGUCUGGCAGCGGGCUACCGCCUCUCGCAGGCUGGCCCCGAAAUGCCUCUCCCCGCAACAAUUGUUCGCACGACGUGGCCUAGCCACUGAGGCGUCCGCCGCACGCAUGCCGCCUUAUCCUAAGAUUGUGCGGAAUCUCGAGCAGGUUCGGAAGGUGUUGGGAUCCUCGCGUGCCCUCACCCUGGCGGAGAAGAUCCUCUACGCCCACCUGGACAAUGCGGAGGAGUCCCUGUUGACGGGCACUAACAAUGGACAAGACAUUCGCGGCAAAGCCAACCUAAAGUUGAAGCCGGACCGAGUGGCGAUGCAGGAUGCGUCGGCCCAGAUGGCGCUGUUGCAGUUCAUGUCCUGUGGCCUGCCGUCGACCGCGGUGCCCGCCAGUAUCCACUGCGACCAUAUGAUUGUGGGUGAGCGUGGCGCGGACACCGAUCUGCCUGCCUCUAUCGAGGGUAACCGGGAAGUGUUUGACUUCCUUGAGAGCGCCGCCAAGCGCUACGGUAUUGAAUUUUGGCCCCCCGGUGCGGGUAUCAUCCACCAGAGUGUGCUGGAGAACUACGCGGCCCCUGGUCUGAUGAUGCUGGGCACGGACAGCCACACACCUAAUGCGGGAGGUUUGGGAGCUAUCGCUAUUGGUGUCGGUGGUGCAGAUGCUGUGGAUGCAUUGGUGGAUGCUCCCUGGGAAUUAAAGGCGCCUCGUAUUCUUGGUGUGCGACUGGAGGGUAAGCUGAGCGGCUGGGCCUCUCCCAAGGAUAUCAUUCUGCAUCUAGCUGGUAAGCUCACCGUCCGCGGUGGUACCGGCUAUGUGAUAGAGUACCACGGACCCGGUGUCGAGACGCUCAGCUGUACUGGUAUGGCUACCUGUUGCAACAUGGGUGCGGAGGUCGGAGCCACCACCUCGGUCUUCCCCUUCUCCCCCAGCAUGGUUCCUUACCUGCAGGCGACGCACCGUGGCCAUGUGGCCCAGGCGGCGGCCGAGAUCGCUGCAUCUGGUCCCAAGAACCUUUUGCGGGCCGACGAUGGCGCAGAGUACGACCAGAUCAUCACAAUUGACUUGUCAACGCUGGAACCUCACGUCAACGGGCCCUUCACUCCGGAUCUGUCCGUGCGUCUGUCUGACUUUGCCAACACCGUCCGCGAGAACAAGUGGCCCGAGACUCUUGGUGCUGGAUUGAUCGGUAGUUGCACCAACAGUUCCUACGAGGACAUGACUCGCGCAGAGGACCUGGUCAAGCAGGCGUCAGCGGCUGGUCUGAAACCCAAGGCGGACUUCUUCAUCACGCCUGGCAGUGAGCAGAUUCGGGCCACUCUGGACCGUGACCAGACCCUGUCUUCCUUCUCCGAGGCUGGCGGCACCGUCCUGGCCAACGCCUGCGGACCCUGCAUCGGGCAGUGGAAGCGAACCGACGGUGUCGCCAAGGGCGAGGACAAUGCCAUCUUCACCUCCUACAACCGUAACUUCCCCGGACGCAAUGAUGGCAACCGACGCACCAUGAACUUCCUGGCGUCGCCAGAGAUUGUGACCGCCCUUGCCUACUCGGGCAGCACCACCUUCAACCCCAUGACCGACACUCUGAAGACCCCGAACGGUGAAGAGUUCAAGUUCCGCCCUCCCCAGGGCUCUGACCUUCCCAGUGCUGGGUUCGCCGACGGCAACCCUGCCUUCCAGCCCAGCGCUGGUGUCCCUGACGCCUCCGUCGAGGUCAUUGUUUCCCCCACCUCUGAGCGUCUCGCUUUGCUGGAGCCUUUCGCUCCCUUCCCUGAGGGCGAGCUGUCGGGCUUAAAGGUCCUGUACAAGGUCAAGGGUCAGUGCACAACUGACACCAUCUCCGCGGCCGGUCCGUGGUUGAAGUACAAGGGCCACCUGCCCAACAUCUCCGCCAACACUCUGAUCGGCGCGGUCAACGCUGCCACGGGUGAGACGAACGUUGCAUACGAUGACGCUGGCAACAAGCACUCGAUUCCCGACCUGGCUGCUCAGUGGAAGGCCGACGGCAUUGAAUGGCUUGUUGUGGCCGAGGACAACUAUGGCGAGGGUAGCGCGCGUGAGCACGCGGCGCUGCAGCCGCGGUACCUGGGCGGCCGGAUCAUCGUGGCCAAGAGCUUUGCACGUAUCCACGAGACCAACCUGAAGAAGCAGGGUGUAGUCCCCCUGACGUUCGCCGACAAGGCCGACUACGACCGCAUUGACGCAUGCGACCAGGUCGACACUGUCGGACUGUACGAGACACUGAAGUCCGGCGGUCAGGGAUCAAUCCAGCUGCAGGUCACCAAGAAGAACGGCGAGAAGCUGACGAUUCCAGUCAAUCACACUCUGAGCAAGGACCAGUGUGGCUUCAUCCUGGCGGGAAGUGCCUUGAACUUGUUGGCCAAGCGGGCACACCAGUAA